GACGACUUCCUGGGUCAGGUGGAUGUGCCACUUAGUCACCUUCCGACUGAAGACCCAACCAUGGAAAGGCCAUACACAUUUAAGGAUUUCCUUCUCAGACCAAGGAGCCACAAAUCUCGUGUGAAGGGUUUCUUGAGACUGAAGAUGGCUUAUAUGCCUAAAAAUGGUGGCCAGGAGGAAGAAAACAGUGAACAAAGGGAUGACUCUGAGCAUGGCUGGGAUGUGGUUGAUUCCAGUGACUCCGCAUCUCACCGUCAGGAGGAGUUACCACCUCCUCCUCUGCCUCCUGGCUGGGAAGAAAAGGUGGACAACCUGGGACGGACUUACUAUGUCAACCACAACAACAGGACGACUCAGUGGCAUCGGCCAAGUUUGAUUGAUGUGGGAUCUGAUUCGGAUAACAACAUCAGACAGAUUAACCAAGAAGCAGCCCACAGGCGGUUCCGCUCUCGGAGACACAUCAGUGAGGAUUUGGAACCAGAACCUAUGGAGACCGGAGACAUUCCUGAGCCCUGGGAAACCAUUUCAGAGGAGGCAAGCGCAAGUGGAGAUUCCCUAAGCUUGGCACUGCCGCCGCCUCCUGCAUCCCCAGUGUCCCGUACCAGUCCUCAGGAGCUGUCUGAGGAACUGAGCAGAAGACUUCAGGUCACUCCUGAUUCCAAUGGGGAACAACUCAGUUCGUUGAUUCAGAGAGAUCCUUCUUCAAGAUUAAGAUCCUGCAGUGUGACGGAUGCUGUUGCUGAACAGUCCCAGUUAUCCCUGCAGAGUGGUCCGUCUACGAGAGCUCGUUCUUCAACUGUCACAGGUGGUGAGGAACCCACGCCGUCAGUGGCCUACGUACAUACCACGCCAGGCUUACCUUCAGGCUGGGAAGAAAGGAAGGAUGCCAAGGGCCGUACUUACUACGUCAAUCACAACAAUCGCACCACAACGUGGACACGGCCCAUUAUGCAGCUUGCAGAGGACGGCAUGGUUGGGUCGGCAGCGAACAGCAGCAACCAUUUAAGCGAGCCGCAGAUCAGACGCCCUCGUAGCCUCAGUUCACCCACAGUAACUUUGUCUGCUCCGCUGGAGGGUAUGAAGGACUCGCCGGUGCGCAGAGCAGUGAAGGACACCCUUUCCAACCCGCAGUCCCCACAGCCCUCCCCGUACAACUCCCCCAAACCCCAGCACAAAGUCGCACAAAGCUUCCUUCCCCCGGGCUGGGAGAUGCGAAUAGCACCCAACGGGCGGCCCUUCUUUAUCGACCACAAUACCAAAACCACCACCUGG